CGUUCUUCAAUAUGUAUACUCGUACAAUAGGACGAGCAAUCUGUGCGGUAUCUUAAUGUAACUCAGAUAGCACCUUUUUCUGGUAAGAAUAUUGAGUAGUGCCUUUCCUUACUUGUUUUUAAUAAUCUUAACUACUAGAAAAUCCAAAAAUAUUUACACUCUUGACAUUUGAGACUUUCCUUAAAUAUUUUGUACACCAUUUUCAAAAAUCAUUCUAUUUUCUUAUGCUUUGUUUUACUUUAAUAGAAUUUCUUCAACGAAACUUCAUUUCUGCAGUUUUACGCACCGAUUGUGCGUAAAUUCAUUGAAGACUGAAGAGUUUUAUCCCGUUUUGCAAUGAGUAUGUCGGACAUAUCGACAGAAUCUGAGCUAACCGUAGCCGAAGAGGAAGAAGAUCGCAUAAAUAUCGGACUCUAUAUUGGUGGUCGCAAUGCUGCUGGCCAACGCCAUGGACGUGGAUGGGCCAUACUUCCUAAUGGGGAUCAAUAUGAUGGACAAUAUCGUCAGGGCAGGCGUCAUGGCAUCGGUUUGUACGUAUUUAAGGAUGGGUCACGUUAUUACGGCUGCUAUCGUUGCGGACAUCGUUCCGGUCGAGGUAUUUUCAUCUAUCCCGACGGUAGUAUGUAUGAGGGCUGUUGGCGCAAGAAUAUUAAACAUGGCAAAGGACGCUAUAAGUACGUUAACAAUGAUUGCUACAUGGGCAACUGGUACCGCGGUCUGAGGCACGGCGUCGGUGUCUAUUGCUUCAAGUCCGAACAGUGCGGGGAGCUACGUUUCAAAGGCACAUGGCGUAUGGGUGUUCGUGUGGGACCAUUCCAAAUAUUUUAUGGUGACGAAGAUCGUUCAACUAUUCUACAUGGAACCUGGGACAAUGAGUACCCACAAGGUCCAGCUGUGUUCACCUUUGAUCAACGUUACAUGCUGAUGGGGUUCUUUCAAACACCUGGUAUGACGUAUAAAGUUAAGAAAAGUGAGGGCGACACUGAAGAGUUCGGUGGCGAAGUCGAAACCGAGCGUAAUGAAAAUGGGGUGUACGUCGAUGUAUUACCAUCACAGUGGUUUGCUCAAGAUAUUUGCUGUUAUGAUUAUGCUCAAUUGCCACAAGAGCCUGUACCAUUGCCUUUGUCCGAUUCUGAGGUGUCUGUGUGCUCUUUAAGUACAGUGCCGACAGAGUUGACGCUACAGCGUAGCAUUUUAUAUGUUGGCGAAGCAGAAGAAGAAGGAGAGGGUGAGUGCGUGGAGUGCAUACCCUGUGAGGGUGUUAGUGAGAGUGAAAUCGAAACGGAAAGUGAGCGUAUCUGCAGUCAGCAAGCUGAUCCCUGUGCUAUCGAAAUCAUUAGUGAGCCAAAAGAAUGUUAAUUUUCAAAUAUUCACUAAUAUUUCCUGUGAUAUUUUUUUGAGUACUUUACAAUUGGUUUUGUCAAUUAUUUUAGACCUAAUGUAACGCUAAAAAUAAUUGCAAAUUGAAUUUGAUGGAAUUACAUGCGUAUGUACUUACAGAAGUAUGCUGUAAAAAAUAUUGUUACGAUUGUUUUUUAUACCCUGAACAAUUGAUAUUGUUAAAUUAAAUGUUAAAUUACAACACGGUAAAAUUGAAAAUUUAAUUUUUUAAUCGAGAUGUUGGGGUUGAAUUUUGAAUUUGUAUUUUUUAAUUCCGAUUUGUAAAUUAUUCAUUCAAAUUCAUUCCUAUUGGAAAGUCCGGUAUAACAUUAUUCCGGUUUAUGGAUUAAAAAAUUCAAAAUAAAUUCUUUAUCCGGUUUUUAAGUUAA